AUGUUAAAAUUUAUAAUAUUCAUAACAUCUUUAACAUUAACGACUUCUGAAUCAAUAACUGCAACAUUUACACAUUUUGCUAGUCCUCGAACUUUUAAUACGACUGAAGAACGAAGAGAUGCAAUUGGUAAUGUAUCAUUGAUCAGAUUAACUCGACAUUUAUUAGAUAAGGAUAGGUAACAAAACAUCUACUCAUGAAAUCAUAAAGAAAAAUAAUAAUUGUUUCAGGUAUGAUGUUCGAGUGAGGCCAAUAAUAGAUCACAAAAAAUCGUUGAAAGUGUUUAUCAGUAUUUCAUUAUACCAAAUUAUUGAAGUGGAUGAACCAUCGCAAAAUAUCAAAUUGAAUGUUUGGAUGAUUCAAAAAUGGAAAGAUGAAUAUUUAGAUUGGGAUCCUGAUGAGUUUGAAGGUAUCAAUUCAACCAUCAUUCCGUAUAAUUACUUAUGGAUACCUGACACAUAUUUGUAUAAUAGUGUGAAAAUGAGUCGAGAUGAAACUGAAAGAUAUAUGAAUAUACAGGUUUGCAAAUAAAAACACGUUUGUACCUAAUCAGCAUUACUGUAUUCUAGGCAACAUCACUUCGAGGUGAAGGUGGAAUCGGUGCAAAUUUAUCAUUUCUCUACCCAGCAAUUUACACAGUGACUUGUCGAUUGAAUAUCAGAUUUUUCCCGUACGAUCGGCAGAAUUGUACUUUAACUAUCAGUAGUUGGACAAACUCAAAAAGUGCAUUAGAUUACUACGCAGAUCCGGAAGUGAAUUUAAAUUCAUUCAUUCCUAAUGAAGAGUGGCAGGUCAAAUCAUUCAAAAUUCAUAGGCAUGAGGUAACAAUGCUGACACCUGUACUUAUUUAUAAGUUCUCGAUGUUUUUCAGAACAAGUAUGCUUGCUGUCCUGAACCCUGGGUAAUUCUACAAGCUUCUUUAGUGAUCCAAAGAAAACCGCUUUAUUAUUUGGUGAAUUUGAUCAUCCCAACAUCGAUUAUUACAAUUGUUGCUAUUACUGGUUUCUUCACACCUGCAUCUACAGAUGAUGAUCGAACGGAAAAAAUCAACUUGGGAAUUACAACAUUGUUGGCAAUGUCUAUUUUGAUGCUUAUGGUGUCUGAUCAAAUGCCAACAACAAGUGAAUUUGUGCCAUUGAUUGCCUGGUUCUAUCUCUCGAUCAUUAUUAUCGUAUCCAUCGGAACCUUCUUAACCAGUGUUGUUCUAUCAGUUCAAGGUCGUAGACAAUACGGCAAAAAUCCGCCACAAUUUAUCCGCUACUUGUUCUUUGUCAUACUUCCUCAUGUGCUGUUCUUAAAUGUUCCGCCCCCGUUGCAAACUCUUUGGGGAGAACUUGAUGUGAGUUUUUUUUUAGUUUUUGUUAGCUACUUCAUUGUUGUUUGCGUGGUGGAAGGAAAUUAGUUUUUCCGGACUCUUUUUGAGUUAAUGAAUGGAGCAGAAGAAAAAUAGUGUCUAGUUUGAACAAAAAGGGGUUUUAAUUUAGGAUGAUCCGUUGAAUAUUCGACGCCGAAAGAAAUCUGAAGCUACAUUCCUCAUGCGCGCUGAUCCUCUCAAUGGAUCUACAACUAAACCAACUUCUCCUAUGUCAACUCUUCGUGUUCCACAAUCUGCAGCCAGUGUUGAAAAAGGACAAUCUUUCCAAAUGAUCGAUAUCACCUCACCAAACUCACCAAAUCUUACUGUAAGAUCUCGCGCACCAUCAAUGACACCAUCUGCCGGACCAGCAAAAUCACCCUGUUUGUGGGAAGGAACAAUGUCUGUCUUGGCUGGAAAUACAAAUAACUUAAGAAGAACUUCGAAUGUCUUUAAUAAAGAAGUCGAUGAAAUGAGACGGAAAAGAGAAUGCUCGUUGGAAUGGGAAUUUUUGGCCACAGUUCUUGACAGGUACAAAAAAAUGAUAAACUUUGAAAUAAUGACAGUUUUUAUUUUCCAGAUUCCUUCUCAUUCUUUUUGUCACUGCUGUUAUCAUUGUUACCGCUGGUCUUAUUUUAGUCGGCCGAAUGGCUCAAUACAGUUAUGAUCAUCCAGAAGAUCAAUUUUUUGAAGUUUAA